AUGGGUUCUUAUGCUGCUGUAAUAUCCCUUUACCAGACACUGAAUCGCAUUUCCGCAUCCGAUGAUUUUCUUUCUAAAUCAGACAAGAAUCUUAUCCUUGAUGAAAUGGAUUCAGUUGUUGAAAAAAUGGGGCUGAUUCCCAGCAGCAAGAUAGUUGUUGCAGCAUCUUAUGAAAGACGAGUGAUAGAUGCUCUCCAAAUAUUCCAAGAUGUUAUCCACUCCCACUUGUCUGAUCCAGAUCAUCAUGACAUUCGUUUUGCUUCGUCGCUCGGAAUAGUCAAAGAAGAAAUUGCAUCGUUUCACACAGCAACUGAUGAAGAAGAACAGAGCUGCAGCAGCAGCAGGUAUUCUAAUUUUGCUUCUUCAUAUUAUAAUACUUGGAAUCAACAACAGAAUCUUCUCGUGGGAUUCGAUGACCAAAUUAAAGAAUGGUUUUUCGAUCCCAAUUCCCAUGACAUAGUUAAAUCAGUUGUGGGCAUGACCGGAAUCGGUAAGACUAGUCUUGUUCAACAAUUUUACAACGACCCGGUUGUUAUACAAGAGUUCGAAGCUCGUUUAUUUCUGCACAUCGGCCCAGGCUAUACUCGAUGGAAAGAUAUUAUGCUGCUUGUUCUUGGUGAACUUGGCUUCGUCAUCCCUUCUAGGGAUGAUAAACUAGACACGGCUUAUUUGAAGAAUCAAUUUUCAGAGGCUUUAUCUACUCAAAAGUAUCUAAUUGUCUUAGAUGAUGUAUGGGCUGACGACACUGAUCUAGUACCUCGUGGUUUUCCAGAAAACAGAAAAGGAAGUCGCAUCAUCGUCAUAUCGCAGAUCCAAAGAUUAUACGACUUCAUUUAUACAGACGAGUCUAUUAUAUUACCGUUUCUCAACGACGACGACAGUUGGAAACUACUUCAUCAGACCGCAUUUAGUAAUACAGAGGAGAAGUGCAGUCGAGAACUUGAGAAAAUUGGGAAGAAGAUUGCCAAGAACUGUGAAGGACUCCCUGCAGCAAUUAUACAGGUUGGAGAGAAUCUACGUGGAAAAUCUUUUGAAGAAUGGAAGACGUUAUCAGAAAAAGAAGAUCCACUCGUCAUCACAAGAUAUGACGAUACGCCACUCUCAAAAGCACUAUUUUUUAGUUACAUGAUGUUGCCUCAGAAUUUAAAGCCAUACUUUCAGUAUAUAGGUGUGUUCCCAAAACAUUAUGGGAUUUCUCGAUCAAAGCUCAUUAAAUUAUGGGUGGCUGAGGGCUUUCUGGAUACAUACCCGGGGUUUGAAAAAUCAGCCGGAGACACCUUGGAUCUACUUAUUCGGCAUAGUGUUAUUUUGAGAGAAAAGCAGGCCUCUGUCAAUAUGUCUAGAUUUAAGAGCUGUAGACUGCAUUUCACCUUUCGAAGUCUAUGUGUUAGUGAAGCUAAGAGUGAAAAGUUUUUCCAUAUCCUGAAAAAAUACACCGAUUGUACUCCAGAGAACAUCAUAAGGCAGCAGCGUUUGUGCGUCCACAAUAAUGUUGUUCUUGCUUUAACACAAGUUCAUGAAUGGAUGGAAUCAGUUCCGAAUGCACGAUCUUUUCUGUGUUUCGGUCCAAAACAACAAUAUCCAGUAUUGUUGCCCCUGUGUUUUAGAUUGCUCAAGGUACUAGAUGCACUUGCGAUCCGCUUCUACGAGUUCCCACAUCAACUACUUGCAUUACUUCACUUGAGGUAUCUUUCCAUCACGUGUGAUAGAGAGCUCCCCAACUCCAUAUCCACACUUCGGAACCUCAAGGUAUUGAUUUUCACUCGGUAUCAUAACAUCAAAUUGACGAAUAAUGGUCCAGUUUAUCUGCCUAUAGAUAUCUGGAACAUGCAUAAACUGAGGCAACUUUAUUGCAAGGGCUUCGACCUCCCACCUCCUCCUUCAAAUGAUUCUCAUCUUGUGCUUGAGAAGCUUCUAACAGUCUCAGGUGUGAGUGUUCACAGUUGUAUCACAGAGGUGCUUUCAAGAAUCCCCAAUUUGAACAGAAUAGCCGUUCAGAUUGAGUCAGCACACGACUCAACCGAAACCUUCAAUUUUUUCAAUCAUGUUGCGUCUCUCUUCGAGGAAUUUGAGUCAUUCAAAUGUGUCGUUGUAAAUCCAAAUCUGAGCUCUCAAAUUGUUCGUUCAGUUCCGAACUUUCCUAUGAACAUUAGGAAGAUAAGCCUGAGUGGAUGUGGAUUGCCUUGGGAGAAUAUGGAAAUUAUUGCUUCAUUACCGAAUCUUAUAGUGCUCAAACUGCGAUGGUAUGCCUUUUGCGGCCCUCUGUGGAAAACCAGAACAGGACAGUUCCCCAGGCUGGAGUUCUUGCUGCUGGAAGACUUGGAUAUAGAGAACUUGGAAUUUGACCGUCGAUACUUAAGUUCAUUAACCAUUAUAUAUCUACCAGAGCAAUCCUGUGUUGAUUUUCAACUUAGCUGCACGGAUUAUAAUAAAUUCCAAAUGGCUAAUCGUGUGUUGCUCGGCGAUUGA